AUGCAGGCGCCUGUGGUGGUUAUGAACACGGCGAAUGGCGAAAGACAAGUUGGUCGAAAAGCGCAAAUAUCGAACAUUACCGCUGCGAAAACGGUGGCUGAUAUCAUAAGAUCAUGUCUCGGGCCCAAAGCAAUGCUGAAGAUGCUGCUUGAUCCUAUGGGCGGGAUUGUCCUAACGAAUGACGGCCACGCUAUCCUCCGAGAGAUCGAGGUUGCCCAUCCUGCGGCAAAGAGUAUGAUUGAGUUGAGUCGGACGCAGGAUGAAGAAGUCGGUGAUGGCACAACCACGGUGAUAAUAUUAGCUGGCGAGAUCCUUGCACAAGCUCUGCCCCAACUCGAACGAAAUAUCCAUCCCGUGGUAAUUAUCCAGGCCUUCAAAAAAGCCUUGACAGACGCGCUUGCGAUUGUUGAGGAAAUCUCAAUCCCGGUCGACACAUCAAGCGACAAGGCUAUGAUAUCACUGAUUGAAUCCUCCAUCGGUACCAAAACAAUCUCCCGCCACGCGGAACUCAUGUGCUCCCUUGCGCUGAAAGCUGUACGAACCGUGUCUCAGGAUCAAAUAUACGUCUCCAAUGCGUCGCAGGCGAACGGCACAGCGAAAUCGGCAUCUUCGGUGGCGCCUUCGAAACCCGUGGAGAUUGAUAUUAAACGAUACGCUCGAAUCGAAAAGAUCCCCGGUGGAGAAAUCGAGGAGUCACAAGUCUUGGACGGAGUCAUGUUGAACAAGGACAUUACACACGCCUCGAUGCGCAGACGGAUAGAGAAUCCCAGGAUUGUGUUAUUGGAUUGCCCUCUGGAAUACAAAAAAGGCGAAUCUCAAACGAACAUUGAGAUUACGGAUGAAGACUCGUGGAAUAAGAUUCUACAGAUUGAAGAAGAGCAAGUCAAGAAGAUGUGUGACGCCGUUUUGGCGGUCAAGCCUGAUCUUGUCAUCACCGAGAAGGGUGUAUCGGACCUGGCGCAGCAUUACUUCCAAAAGGCCAAUGUCACGGCACUGCGAAGAGUGCGAAAGACAGACAACAACCGCAUUGCCCGAGCUGUGGGAGCUACCAUCGUGAACCGCGUCGACGACCUUGUGGAGUCGGAUGUGGGCACUGGCUGCGGUCUGUUUGAAAUUGAAAAGAUUGGCGAUGAGUAUUUCACAUUCCUCACGAAAUGCAAGAACCCCAAGGCUUGUACGAUCUUGCUCCGGGGACCCUCGAAGGACAUCCUGAACGAGAUUGAACGAAAUCUCCAAGACGCCAUGUCUGUGGCUCGCAACGUCAUGUUCCACCCGCGCCUCUCCCCCGGCGGAGGAGCCACCGAGAUGGCCGUCUCGGUGCGCCUCGCUCAAAAAUCCAAGUCCAUCGAGGGCGUGAUGCAAUGGCCUUACCGUGCCGUCGCAGACGCCAUGGAAGUCAUCCCCCGGACGCUCAUCCAGAACGCCGGCGCCAGCCCCAUACGGAUCUUGACACAACUCCGGGCGAAGCAGGCCGAAGGCAAAUCCACAUUCGGCGUCGAUGGUGAUACCGGGAAUGUGGUGGACAUGAAGGACUACGGUGUUUGGGAGCCCCAGGCAGUCAAGCUGCAGAGUAUCAAGACGGCGGUCGAAAGUGCAUGUUUGCUGUUGAGAGUAGAUGAUAUCUGUGGAGCGAAGAGCGCGAAGCAGGUUGGCGGCAGUGGGUUGGCCGCGGGUGCAGGAGGAGAAGAGUAG